AUGAACUUAAUCUUGCUUCUUAGUUUGACGUUGGGGGUAGCAGCUCUAUAUGCCGUUCUUGACUCAAGGCGUAGACGGGCCGCCCGUGGGCCGCUUCCACCAGGACCCUCUCCGAUGCCUAUCGUUGGUAACAUCAAGGACCUCCCACAAAAUGGCAAGCAGGAUUGGGUGCACUGGUUGAAGCACAAGGAACUCUAUGGCCCAAUCAGUUCCAUCACAGUAAUGGGACAAACCAUCGUCAUUGUAAACGAUUCGAAGAUUGCAACUGAGCUGCUUACAAAACGGUCUGCAAUCCAUUCCUCACGACCCAGAAUGACGUUUGCGUCAGAGAUAAACCAGACAGUUAUUAAAUUCUCACUAUCACUAGGGUGGGGUGGGAAAAGGCACUCGCAUUCCAAGGUUAAACUGAGCGAUUCCGUGCCUAUCGCAAAGCCAUCCAGCCAAGCUUCGGCUCGGAGUGGGGUGUUGCUCAAUUCAUUCCCUUGCAAGAAGUUGAAACCCGCCGCUUUCUCUUCCGGGUUCUUAAAGAACCUGCGAAUCUGUUGCAGCAUAUUCAAACGUGAGACGCGCAUUCAUAUGUUUGGAGAGGUAAUAUCUCUAAUUUGGUUCAACAGUGAGGCAGGAGCCGUGAUUCUUAAUGUUGCCUAUGGCUACAGAGUCGAGCCUUUCGGGAAGGACCAUCUGGUCCAUAUCGCCAAUGAGGCAAUGGACGAGUUUGCGAAAGCUACGGUCCCAGGUGCUUGGGUGGUGGAUAUAAUACCCGCAUUGAAAUAUGUCCCCACCUGGUUCCCAGGGGCUGGCUGGAAGCGUACCGCCAAUCUCUGGAGAGAGCACAUGUCUGUUAUCGCCGACAGACCAUAUGAGUUUGUCAAGGGACAAAUCGAGAGUGGUAAGGAUAAGCCAUCCUAUCUCGGCGCGAUGCUCCAGGCUGGGUUCCCAGAAGAAGGAUCAGAGAAAGAGCUAGUUGCGAAAUGGAGUGCUGCGUCUCUCUACACUGGCGGCGCAGACACAACCGUCUCUUCUAUCAGCUGCUUUUUCCUCGCCAUGUCACUCUUCCCAGACAUCCAGCGCAAAGCACAGGAGGAAAUCGAAAGUGUGGUUGGACACAACCGACUUCCAAACGUGGCGGAUCGUGCAAAUCUUCCUUAUAUCAAUGCCAUGGUGAAAGAGGUCCUUCGUUGGCACCCAGUUGCGCCUAUGGGUAUUCCACAUAUGUCAACAGCCGAUGACACCUACGACAAGUAUUUCAUCCCCAAGGGAUCCCUCGUUCUACCGAACAUCUGGGCUAUGAUGCAUGACCCCGAGGUCUAUCGCAACCCAAUGGAAUUCCAACCGGCGCGCUUCCUCGGUGAAACCCCCGCGCCCGAUCCUCACACCGUCGCUUUCGGAUUCGGACGUCGUGUUUGUCCAGGUCGGUUUCUGGCUGAUAACGCCGUCUUCUUGAGUGUGGCUCAGUCACUUGCCGUAUUUGACAUCAGCAAGGCUACGCGGGGAGGUGUGGAGGUGAAAACGCCGACAUUUGAGCCCGGCGUUAUUAGUCACCCUUCGCCGUUCCAGUGUGAUAUUAAUGCGCGCAGUCAGGAGCUCGAAGCUCUUAUUUUGUCUGUAGAGAAGGAUCAUCCUUGGGAAGAGAGCGAUGCGGCAGAGUUGCAAAAGGUUGUUUGA